AUUUGAAGGGUUCCUGAAGAUGCACUCCUGGUCCCAGUCCAGUUCAGGGCUGCCCGGAGACCUGGGGCUAGGGGAAAGCUCAGCUGGGGCAUCCUAACACUAUACUUUGACUUCCUGGAAGAGUGGUAAUGAUGGAGCCUGUGUACCGACACCUGUCCCAGCUGUCUGGGCUGGAGGCGGGGAAACACCCUGGACAGGUAGCCAGUCCAUCACAGAUAUUUGUACUCUUAAAGGAAUAUUCCAGCUUCAAUACAAAUUGAGUUUAAUCGACAGCAUUUGUGGCAUAAUGUGGAUUACCACUAAAAAGUAAUUUCGUCUCGUCUCUCCUUAAAAAAAAUGGAAAAAUCUGGGUUACAGUGAGACACUUACAAUGGAAGUGAAUGGGGCCAAUUUUGGAGGGUUUGAACACAGAAAUGUUAAGCUUAUAAUUUUAUAAAAGCACUUAAAUCUUCUGUUAAAACUCAUGUAUUAUUUGAGCCGUAAAGUUGUUUAAAUCGUCAUUUUUACAGUUGUUUUAAAAGCGUUAUUGUCUAUAACUUUACACAGAAAGGUUGCUUGCCACACUGGAACCCAGAUUUUGCUCUUUUUGUUUUUUAAACGAGGGCCGAGUUGAAAUAAUUUUUUGUGGUAAUCAACAUUUUGCCAAAAAUGCUGUCGAUUGAGUUUAAUCUGGGAUAUUAAUUUAAGAAAAAUUGUAUGUACAGAGUGUAAACACUCAUCCUAAUAGAAACAAGAUAGCAGUUUGUGAUGUAAAUUGUACAUGAUUUUCUGACUGUGGGUAUUAGACAAGAGGGGCGCUGUUGUGUGUGGUUGUGUGCGCGCGCGCGCGCGAUGCUGUUCUAAUAACACACACACACACACACUCUUUUACUCCCACUGCAAGUAUGGCUGGCGACAGUGAAACACAUCUUAAGGACCGAGCAGAGAACGGACACACCACCCAAAAGCCUUUUCUCAUCGGUGUGGCCGGAGGUACCGCCAGUGGAAAGUCCUCAGUAUGCGAGAAGAUCGUGGAACUCUUGGGCCAGAAUAAAAUUGACCAUCAUUAUCGGCAGGUGGUCAUCCUCAGUCAAGACAGCUUUUAUAAGGAGCUCACUCCUGAACAGAAGGCAAAAGCACUCAAGGGCCAGUUCAACUUUGAUCAUCCAGAUGCUUUUGACAGUGAUCUCAUCAUGAAGACUCUCGGUGACAUCCUUCACGGGAAGACCGUGCACAUCCCCGUUUAUGACUUUGUGACCCAUUCCAGGAAGGAUGAAUUUGUGACGGUUUAUCCUGCAGAUGUGGUUCUUUUUGAGGGAAUUCUCAUGUUCUAUUUGCAAGAGAUUCGAGAUCUGUUCCAAAUGAAGCUGUUCGUAGAUACCGAUCCAGACACAAGACUAUCACGAAGAGUGUUGCGGGACAUUGGUGAAAGACGCAGAGAGUUGGAACAGGUUCUAACCCAGUACAUCACUUUCGUAAAACCUGCCUUUGAAGAGUUCUGUCUUCCUACCAAAAAGUAUGCGGAUGUCAUCAUCCCUCGUGGAGCAGACAAUCUUGUGGCUAUUAACCUGAUUGUGCAGCAUAUACAGGAUAUCCUGAACGGAGGAUUCUCCAAACGACAGAACGGUUUUACUAACGGCCAUGAAACACCCAGACAACGGCGGACGUCUGAGUCCAGUAGACCUCAUUGACCUCACUGUGGCCCUUCCCUCCAUUGAGGAGAGGGCGGGACUGAAUAAUAACAGUGGCCAUCCCUUUUGUCCAAUGAAAAAUGAGGGGAUGCAAAGCUGAAAAUCCUUUGUUAUUGUUACUAUUAUUUGCAUUUGAAAUAUUGUUAUCAUAGAUAACUGUUUGCUUUUACCGUUUUUUCUGAGGAUUUCGAAGGUGCUGUCUUUUUGUGAGGUUUGAUUAUAAACUCACCUGUCCUGCCAGUGUGUCCAUAUACUUUCUUGACAAUAAAUGAAUAGUAUGGAAUUUUUUCAGACUGGAAGUAGAGACACCAUCACAGUGCCAUCAACACAUACUUGAAGUCAGAGCUCAGGUUGGGUGGGUUUUUCCAUCUGCAAAGAAAAAAAAACAAAACCUAGGACCUCAUAUUUGAGGGCCCUUUAUGUGUGUAUGAGUGAUGAGUUAACAAGUGUGUCUGUUACAUUCUGUUGGUCACAUUUCAGAUUUUUUUUUAAGUUCUUUUCUAACAAUAAUACUGUACAUGGUACUUUAAGAUGAGUUUUCUGUAAAACUAUUAUUUUGUGUUUUUAUCCACAAUAUUCCAUAUAACUUAGAAUAAAAUUUGACAGUGUGUAGCAUCAAAUGUUAAACCUAAUCAAAUCAGGGAUUGUGGUUAGAUCUCUAUGAUUUAACUGUUAAGUGUUCCAUAAAAUACCUCUAAAUUACAAUUGUCUUCAACACUAAGAGAUACAGUAUAUAUUAAUGCAUUAUCGCAUGUAAAACAAUACUUUUGCACGAUACUAUCAGUAUGCCUCACUGAUCCCUUUCCCCCUUCCUGCUUUUUUUUUAAUUCAUUUUAACCGUGUCCUCUUUAUGGUCUGGUUUUGUAAACGAAUGAUGUAUUAUGGUGUGAAAGAAAUAAAAUAAUUGUAAA